AUGGACCUUCAGAAUAAAGUCGAGAAACUCUCUAAGGAGAUUACGAAACGACCGUCUGCUGGCGACGCGGGAAAGUUGUCACCAGGCUCGGCUGCGGCGGGAAACGCGCAGACGACGGCGGGAAACGCGCAGGACACGGCGGGUUUGACGGGGAAGGCGCUUUACCUGAGUCGCCUCAGGAGCGGAGCGCUGUCCUCGUCCCGAGGAUCCGCCGCAACAGCCACUGCCAGCGGGAAAGGCGCUUCUAGCGGGAAAGGCGCCUCCUUUAGCGUGACAGGCGCUCAUAGCGGGACAGCCGCGCAUAGCUGGACAGCUGCUCAUAGCGGGACAGGUGCUAAUAACGGUACAGGCGCUAAUAGCGGGACAGCCGCUCAUAGCGUGUCCUUCGGCGGAAGGGGGAUUGGCGGCGGGUCUGGCUGGCGCGCGCGGGGUAAGGCGGAGUCGGAUGGCGCUUUGGCGGGGGAGGGGGAGGAGAGGCGGAAGGAGGAGGGGGAGGAGAGUCGGAAGGAGGAGGGGGAGGAGAAGCAGCGGGUAGAGGAGGAGGAGGAGAAUGGACGGCUGAGAUCUUCCCUUGAGGAGCCUGAGAAAGGCAAGGCUCCUAAAGAAACCUCUCGGGAGUCGCCAAAGGCAGAGGCCUGUAUUGAAGAAACGAAGGAAGCCCCAAAAGAAGAUCCGGUGAAAGAACUGAAGGAAGAAUCAAAGGGAGAUUGCAAGGAAGAAUUGAAUCCUGAGUCGAUUACAGGCGUUUCUCAGGACAGCGCGAGAGGUAACGAGGAGCAGAAGGACAGCCGUGAGGAGUACAAAGGGACAGCUCUUAAGGGGGAUGCGGAGUUGUUGAUUGGCUUUGAGUCUGCUAAUGCUGUACAAUCUGUUACUGGUGAGUCUACUAACGGGGCUGAGUUCACUGACGGAGUUGAGUCUACUAACGGGGCUAAGUUUGCUAACGGGGUUGAGUCUACUAACGGGGCUGCUAACGAGGUUGAGACUACUAACGAGGUUGAGUCUUCUAACGGGGAUGAGCCUACCAGGGUGAAUUCAGAGAUGGAGUGUACAGAUGGAAUAGCAGCAGUGAAGCACAAUAGUCUUGGAAAUGGGGAGCAAUCGCACGGCGAGCGUACUGAAGAGCAGCAAGUGGAGCAGCAAGGGGACCGGCAGCAUGGGGAGCGUACGGAAGAGCAGGAAAAGGCACGAAAUGAGGGCACUUGCGAGGAGAGGUCGGAAGUGGGAGUGGCAACGGCGGGAGAUGAGGUGGAGGGAGGUGACUUGGGAGAGAGUGGGGAAGGAGGUGGCGAGGCAGGGAAAGGGAGUUUGUUAAGUAGUGAGGAAGAGGGGGGGGAAGAUAAGGGGGGAGACAAGGGGGGAGAUACGGGGGAGCAACGGGAAGAGGAGGUCGGUACAAGAGCUUGUAGCGAGUCAGCAGUAUCCAUUGAGAUAUCAGCUUGUAAGGAGGACGGGGUGCAGAUGCGUGUAGAAGAAGGUGCACGUAACGUAAAGCAGCAAGCGGAGCGGCUAGAACGAGUGGCGUCAUCGCUAACUGGAGCAGUUCAUAACGAGGAUAAGUUGCUGCUGAGCCAGCUGUCAAGCUCCUCCUUUGGGUCAUCCUUUGGAUCUGAACCUCCCAGCCCAUCCUCCUUCAUUUCCAAGCCUCUCUUUAAGAAACUGCCUCCUGCUAUAGCGAGUACAGAAGGGCGGGCCCAACGACUGAAUGUGCAUACUGUAGAGGAAAGCGAGCCUUCUCCUAAGGGGACUCCGAGGCAGCUUGUAAGGGGUACAGGUGCGGCAGAGGAAGGGGGGGUCAGGGGGGAGGAAGCUCGAGGCUUGAUCCGGGGAGGGUGGUUGGAGCUAGGGAGAAGGCGAGAGGAGGCGGAGAGAGGAUUGAGAGAAGCCUUGAGGGCUCGAGAAGAGGCAGAGAGAGGGAAGCAGGGAGCAGAGAGGAAACGGAAGGAAGCAGAAGAAAGGAUGGUUAGGGCUUUAAUGGAACGGGAUGAAGCGGAGAGAAGGAGGGAGGAGGCUGAAGGGAAGUUUGGGGAAGUGGAGGGGUUGUGGAGGGAGAGUGAGAGAGGGAGAGAGAGUGAGGGGAGGCGGAGGGAGGAGGUUGAAAGGGAGUUGGAGGAGGAGAGGAGGAUGAGGGAGGAGGCAGAGAAGGGGAGGGAAGAGGCAGAGAGGAGGAAGGGUGAGGGUGAGGAGGAGAGGGAAGAGGCUGUGAGGAGGGCGAGGGAUGUGGAGAAAGAAGGGGAGAGAGUGAGGGAGGAGGUGGAGAGAGAAAGGGGAGAAAUGGAAGGGAGGUUGGUAGCGGCAAGUGAAGCCCUGAGGGAAGCUGAGGCAAAGAGAGGCGAAGCUGUAAAGGCAAUGGAGGAGGCUUAUAACGGGGAAAAAGCAGCCCUUGGGCUGAGAGACCAGGCGGUAAAUGAGAGGGAGGAGAUGGCGAGGGAAAGGGAUGAGGCUGAAAGGAGGAGGGUGGAAGAGGAAGCGAGGAGGAGGAUUGCAGAGGAGGAGUGUGAGGAGGCAAGGAGGAGGAGAGAGGUUGCUGAGAGUGCGAUGGAAGAGGCGGUACGAGCAGCAGAGGGAGCAGAGAGAGGGAGGAGGGAAGCGGAGAGGGUGAGAGAGACUGCAGUAAGAGAGAAGGUUGAAGCCGAGAGGGCAAUGGAAGGGGCUUUAAGGGAGAGGGAUAUGGCAUUACUGAAGGUUGAGGAAGCUGCCAAGAAGGUUCUGGAUGCCGAGCGGAUGAGGAUUGAGGCUAAGCGAGUGUGGGAAGAUUCGGAUAAGAUUCGGGCAGAAGCGGAAACUGCGCAGGCUGAGGCUGAGAAAGCUCGGGCAGCCGCAGAAAAGUUUAAGGCGGAGUCAGAGCUGGUUCGGGCAGCUGCGGAAAUGGCUAAGGUGGAAGCUGAGGCGAUGAAACAUGAGGUGGAAGUUUUGCGGGCAGAAACUGCGGCGGCUUUGGCUGCCCGGGAAGAGGAACGGGCGAAAAAGAUUGGUCUGGAGGGGAAAAUCGAAACUUUAAUGCUGACCGUGGAAGCGCACAAACGGGCAGGAGGGGGUAGGUUAAGUGAAGGGGAGGAAGGGGAGAGAGUGAGGGAGGUAAGGAAGAGAAUGGAGGAAGCAGAGAACGUGGCACAUGAUUUGAGGGUGUGGGGUAGGCAACUGCAAGCUGAGUUGCUUAAAGGGGAGGAGGAGAGAAGGGGCCUUGAAGAAAGGUGUAGGAAGGUGGAAGGGAGAGUGAGGGAUGUGCAGAGAGUGAGGGAGGAGGCGGACAGGGGGAGGGAGAGGGUGGAGAGAGAAAGGGACGAGGUGAUUGGGAGGAUGAAGGAGGUGCAAGGAGAAGUGUUGAGGCUCAGAAGCGAGGUGAAACGGCUGAUGGGAGAGGAGGUGGGAGAGGAGAAAGAGGAGGCAGAGGAGGGAAAGGGAGGUGAUGAUGAAUGGAGACUUGAAACUGCUUUGGUUGCAGAUUCUCCUGUAUCAAAAGGAACCUCAAAGGGGACAGUAGGUGAGGAGCACACUGCAGGGGAGAGAACAGAAGAGGGAGAGGGGUGCACUGGAAUGAGUAGAGACGGUCGGAAGCAACCAAUAGGGCUGAGCUCGUUUGAAGCGACUAGCAGCGAACGGGACGGGCCGAAGCAGGAGCAGGAGCGGCAGCAGGGGCAGCAGGAGGAGAAGGAGCAGGGGCGGGGGACACACAAGGAGAUGAGUGAGGGGGAGGAGGACGAGCAAGUGAAGGAGGCGGAGAAAGAGAGGGAGGAAGCGGAGAAGGCAAGGAGUGAGGCUGAGAAGAAGAGAGAGGAGGCUGAGGCAGCGAAAUGCGAGGCGGAGAAAGAGAGGGAGGAAGCGGAGAAGGCAAGGAGUGAGGCUGAGAAGAAGAGAGAGGAGGCUGAGGCAGCGAAAUGCGAGGCGGAGAAAGAGAGGGAGGAAGCGGAGAAGGCAAGGAGUGAGGCUGAGCAGAAGAGAGAGGAGGCUGAGGCAGCGAAAUGCGAGGCGGAGAAAGAGAGGGAGGAAGCGGAGAAGGCAAGGAGUGAGGCUGAGAAGAAGAGAGAGGAGGCUGAGGCAGCGAAAUGCGAGGCGGAGAAAGAGAGGGAGGAAGCGGAGAAGGCAAGGAGUGAGGCUGAGCAGAAGAGAGAGGAGGCUGAGGCAGCGAAAUGCGAGGCGGAGAAAGAGAGGGAGGAAGCGGAGAAGGCAAGGAGUGAGGCUGAGAAGAAGAGAGAGGAGGCUGAGGCAGCGAAAUGCGAGGCGGAGAAAGAGAGGGAGGAAGCGGAGACGGCAAGGAGUGAGGCUGAGCAGAAGAGAGAGGAGGCUGAGGCAGCGAAAUGCGAGGCGGAGAAAGAGAGGGAGGAAGCGGAGAAGGCAAGGAGUGAGGCUGAGCAGAAGAGAGAGGAGGCUGAGGCAGCGAAAUGCGAGGCGGAGAAAGAGAGGGAGGAAGCGGAGAAGGCAAGGAGUGAGGCUGAGAAGAAGAGAGAGGAGGCUGAGGCAGCGAAAUGCGAGGCGGAGAAAGAGAGGGAGGAAGCGGAGACGGCAAGGAGUGAGGCUGAGCAGAAGAGAGAGGAGGCUGAGGCAGCGAAAUGCGAGGCGGAGAAAGAGAGGGAGGAAGCGGAGAAGGCAAGGAGUGAGGCUGAGCAGAAGAGAGAGGAGGCUGAGGCAGCGAAAUGCGAGGCGGAGAAAGAGAGGGAGGAAGCGGAGAAGGCAAGGAGUGAGGCUGAGCAGAAGAGAGAGGAGGCUGAGGCAGCGAAAUGCGAGGCGGAGAAAGAGAGGGAGGAAGCGGAGAAGGCAAGGAGUGAGGCUGAGCAGAAGAGAGAGGAGGCUGAGGCAGCGAAAUGCGAGGCGGAGAAAGAGAGGGAGGAAGCGGAGAAGGCAAGGAGUGAGGCUGAGCAGAAGAGAGAGGAGGCUGAGGCAGCGAAAUGCGAGGCGGAGAAAGAGAGGGAGGAAGCGGAGAAGGCAAGGAGUGAGGCUGAGCAGAAGAGAGAGGAGGCUGAGGCAGCGAAAUGCGAGGCGGAGAAAGAGAGGGAGGAAGCGGAGAAGGCAAGGAGUGAGGCUGAGCAGAAGAGAGAGGAGGCUGAGGCAGCGAAAUGCGAGGCGGAGAAAGAGAGGGAGGAAGCGGAGAAGGCAAGGAGUGAGGCUGAGAAGAAGAGAGAGGAGGCUGAGGCAGCGAAAUGCGAGGCGGAGAAAGAGAGGGAGGAAGCGGAGACGGCAAGGAGUGAGGCUGAGCAGAAGAGAGAGGAGGCUGAGGCAGCGAAAUGCGAGGCGGAGAAAGAGAGGGAGGAAGCGGAGAAGGCAAGGAGUGAGGCUGAGCAGAAGAGAGAGGAGGCUGAGGCAGCGAAAUGCGAGGCGGAGAAAGAGAGGGAGGAAGCGGAGAAGGCAAGGAGUGAGGCUGAGCAGAAGAGAGAGGAGGCUGAGGCAGCGAAAUGCGAGGCGGAGAAAGAGAGGGAGGAAGCGGAGAAGGCAAGGAGUGAGGCUGAGCAGAAGAGAGAGGAGGCUGAGGCAGCGAAAUGCGAGGCGGAGAAAGAGAGGGAGGAAGCGGAGAAGGCAAGGAGUGAGGCUGAGCAGAAGACAGACGAGGCUGAGGCAGCGAAAUGCGAGGCGGAGAAAGAGAGGGUGGAAGUGGAGGAGGCAAGGAGUGAGGCUGAGCAGAAGAGAGAGGAGGCUGAGGUAGCGAAAUGCGAGGCGGAGAAAGAGAGGGAGGAAGCGGAGAAGGCAAGGAGUGAGGCUGAGCAGAAGAGAGAGGAGGCUGAGGCAGCGAAAUGCGAGGCGGAGAAAGAGAGGGAGGAAGCGGAGAAGGCAAGGAGUGAGGCUGAGAAGAAGAGAGAGGAGGCUGAGGCAGCGAAAUGCGAGGCGGAGAAAGAGAGGGAGGAAGCGGAGAAGGCAAGGAGUGAGGCUGAGCAGAAGAGAGAGGAGGCUGAGGCAGCGAAAUGCGAGGCGGAGAAAGAGAGGGAGGAAGCGGAGGAGGCAAGGAGUGAGGCUGAGCAGAAGAGAGAGGAGGCUGAGGCAGCGAAAUGCGAGGCGGAGAAAGAGAGGGAGGAAGCGGAGAAGGCAAGGAGUGAGGCUGAGCAGAAGAGAGAGGAGGCUGAGGCAGCGAAAUGCGAGGCGGAGAAAGAGAGGGAGGAAGCGGAGAAGGCAAGGAGUGAGGCUGAGCAGAAGAGAGAGGAGGCUGAGGCAGCGAAAUGCGAGGCGGAGAAAGAGAGGGAGGAAGCGGAGAAGGCAAGGAGUGAGGCUGAGCAGAAGACAGACGAGGCUGAGGCAGCGAAAUGCGAGGCGGAGAAAGAGAGGGUGGAAGGGGAGAAGGCAAGGAGUGAGGCUGAGCAGAAGAGAGAGGAGGCUGAGGUAGCGAAAUGCGAGGCGGAGAAAGAGAGGGAGGAAGCGGAGAAGGCAAGGAGUGAGGCUGAGCAGAAGAGAGAGGAGGCUGAGGCAGCGAAAUGCGAGGCGGAGAAAGAGAGGGAGGAAGCGGAGAAGGCAAGGAGUGAGGCUGAGAAGAAGAGAGAGGAGGCUGAGGCAGCGAAAUGCGAGGCGGAGAAAGAGAGGGAGGAAGCGGAGAAGGCAAGGAGUGAGGCUGAGCAGAAGAGAGAGGAGGCUGAGGCAGCGAAAUGCGAGGCGGAGAAAGAGAGGGAGGAAGCGGAGAAGGCAAGGAGUGAGGCUGAGCAGAAGAGAGAGGAGGCUGAGGCAGCGAAAUGCGAGGCGGAGAAAGAGAGGGAGGAAGCGGAGAAGGCAAGGAGUGAGGCUGAGCAGAAGAGAGAGGAGGCUGAGGCAGCGAAAUGCGAGGCGGAGAAAGAGAGGGAGGAAGCGGAGAAGGCAAGGAGUGAGGCUGAGCAGAAGAGAGAGGAGGCUGAGGCAGCGAAAUGCGAGGCGGAGAAAGAGAGGGAGGAAGCGGAGAAGGCAAGGAGUGAGGCUGAGCAGAAGAGAGAGGAGGCUGAGGCAGCGAAAUGCGAGGCGGAGAAAGAGAGGGAGGAAGCGGAGAAGGCAAGGAGUGAGGCUGAGCAGAAGAGAGAGGAGGCUGAGGCAGCGAAAUGCGAGGCGGAGAAAGAGAGGGAGGAAGCGGAGAAGGCAAGGAGUGAGGCUGAGAAGAAGAGAGAGGAGGCUGAGGCAGCGAAAUGCGAGGCGGAGAAAGAGAGGGAGGAAGCGGAGACGGCAAGGAGUGAGGCUGAGCAGAAGAGAGAGGAGGCUGAGGCAGCGAAAUGCGAGGCGGAGAAAGAGAGGGAGGAAGCGGAGAAGGCAAGGAGUGAGGCUGAGCAGAAGAGAGAGGAGGCUGAGGCAGCGAAAUGCGAGGCGGAGAAAGAGAGGGAGGAAGCGGAGAAGGCAAGGAGUGAGGCUGAGCAGAAGAGAGAGGAGGCUGAGGCAGCGAAAUGCGAGGCGGAGAAAGAGAGGGAGGAAGCGGAGAAGGCAAGGAGUGAGGCUGAGCAGAAGAGAGAGGAGGCUGAGGCAGCGAAAUGCGAGGCGGAGAAAGAGAGGGAGGAAGCGGAGAAGGCAAGGAGUGAGGCUGAGCAGAAGACAGACGAGGCUGAGGCAGCGAAAUGCGAGGCGGAGAAAGAGAGGGUGGAAGUGGAGGAGGCAAGGAGUGAGGCUGAGCAGAAGAGAGAGGAGGCUGAGGUAGCGAAAUGCGAGGCGGAGAAAGAGAGGGAGGAAGCGGAGAAGGCAAGGAGUGAGGCUGAGCAGAAGAGAGAGGAGGCUGAGGCAGCGAAAUGCGAGGCGGAGAAAGAGAGGGAGGAAGCGGAGAAGGCAAGGAGUGAGGCUGAGAAGAAGAGAGAGGAGGCUGAGGCAGCGAAAUGCGAGGCGGAGAAAGAGAGGGAGGAAGCGGAGAAGGCAAGGAGUGAGGCUGAGCAGAAGAGAGAGGAGGCUGAGGCAGCGAAAUGCGAGGCGGAGAAAGAGAGGGAGGAAGCGGAGGAGGCAAGGAGUGAGGCUGAGCAGAAGAGAGAGGAGGCUGAGGCAGCGAAAUGCGAGGCGGAGAAAGAGAGGGAGGAAGCGGAGAAGGCAAGGAGUGAGGCUGAGCAGAAGAGAGAGGAGGCUGAGGCAGCGAAAUGCGAGGCGGAGAAAGAGAGGGAGGAAGCGGAGAAGGCAAGGAGUGAGGCUGAGCAGAAGAGAGAGGAGGCUGAGGCAGCGAAAUGCGAGGCGGAGAAAGAGAGGGAGGAAGCGGAGAAGGCAAGGAGUGAGGCUGAGCAGAAGACAGACGAGGCUGAGGCAGCGAAAUGCGAGGCGGAGAAAGAGAGGGUGGAAGGGGAGAAGGCAAGGAGUGAGGCUGAGCAGAAGAGAGAGGAGGCUGAGGUAGCGAAAUGCGAGGCGGAGAAAGAGAGGGAGGAAGCGGAGAAGGCAAGGAGUGAGGCUGAGCAGAAGAGAGAGGAGGCUGAGGCAGCGAAAAGCGAGGCGGAGAAAGAGAGGGAGGAAGCGGAGAAGGCAAGGAGUGAGGCUGAGAAGAAGAGAGAGGAGGCUGAGGCAGCGAAAUGCGAGGCGGAGAAAGAGAGGGAGGAAGCGGAGAAGGCGAGUGAGGCUGAGCAGAAGAGAGAGGAGGCUGAGGCAGCGAAAUGCGAGGCGGAGAAAGAGAGGGAGGAAGCGGAGAAGGCAAGGAGUGAGGCUGAGAAGAAGAGAGAGGAGGCUGAGGCAGCGAAAUGCGAGGCGGAGAAAGAGAGGGAGGAAGCGGAGAAGGCAAGGAGUGAGGCUGUGCAGAAGAGAGAGGAGGCUGAGGCAGUGAAAUGCGAGGCGGAGAAAGAGAGGGAGGAAGCGGAGAAGGCAAGGAGUGAGGCUGAGCAGAAGAGAGAGGAGGCUGAGGCAGUGAAAUGCGAGGCGGAGAAAGAGAGGGAGGAAGCGGAGAAGGCAAGGAGUGAGGCUGAGCAGAAGAGAGAGGAGGCUGAGGCAGCGAAAUGCGAGGCGGAGAAAGAGAGGGAGGAAGCGGAGAAGGCAAGGA